GAAUAGUAAACAAUGUAAAGAAGAUAGAAGAUAACUAAAAUUUGGUUAUCUUUGGGAAGGGGAAAUUUGCAAAGUUUUUGUGUUGAGGUUGAGUUGAGCAACAUUAAAUCUUGUUGCGCAAGAUUACUAUAAUAAUUUUCAAAAUCAAAUCUAUAUUUUUCAUUUCAUUUGGAACUACAAUUAAACCAGAGUAUGUCUUGUCCCUGGGCUAAAAUUGAGAAGCCAGAGCCAGUGAAUUUCACUGACAUACUAUCUGAAGAAGUAGCUAGAGAUCUACAAGCAAAAGAAGAAAAGUACAUUAAAAAAAAUGAAACCAAGUUUUCACCAAGUGAUUUGGAGGUUGCAGAUAUACCCUCAGAUGUAUUGGGAGCCAUUUCCAAUGACGAUUUUCAAAGUGAUGAAGUGAUUGCUAAGAUGCUUCAAAUGCAGUUUGAUAAAGAAUAUGAUGAACAUCUGAAACGCAGUGAAGAGAAAUUUAAUGGAGCUUCAAAAGUGUCUAUAUCCUUUGAUAAUUAUCGAAGAGCACCUCUAAAUGAUGAUUUUGAGAGUGAUUCUGAAGAAGAAGAGAUUGUAGAUAUUAGAGACAGGAAGGAUUGGGACAGAUAUGAUUCUGUUCAAAGGGAAUUUGCAUCUAUUCCACAGUGUGGUUACAAAAUGCAACAGGAUGGCAAAAUGGUUACAAAACAUGAUGGUGUUAUGAGUGGCAGAAGAAAUGCUUGUAAAUUACUUUCUUUUCCUCCAGAGUUUCACACAGGGGAUGGAGAGAAUAUUGAUCUAAAGAUAUCCAAUAAAGUGUUCAACAGUUUGAGAGUGCAUUCAAAACAUGAACAAACUAGAAGACAUAAAAUUCAUGAUAAAAAAGAAGAACACGCCACCGCAGUAUUUGGUAUGGAUGAGUAUACCAGGUUGCUCCUUUAUAAGAUGGUAAAUAAUCAGCUUCUUGAAAGAGUGAACGGUGUCAUAAGCAUUGGUAAGGAAGCUGUGAUACUUCAUGCUGACUCAGACCCUGCAUUCCCAUUCGCUACCGAACAGUUACCAAAAGAAUGUGUUAUUAAAGUCUUCAAGACUACUCUUUCAGAAUUUAAACAACGAGAUAAAUACAUUAAAGAUGACCAUCGUUUUAAAGACAGGAUUGGCAAACAAACUGCUAGGAAAACCGUUCAUAUUUGGGCAGAAAAGGAAAUGGCAAAUCUUAUGAGACUCAGGAAAGCUGGCAUUCUUUGCCCGCAUGUUGUAACGCUCAAAAAACAUGUUCUAGUCAUGUCUUUUAUUGGAGAGAAUCAUCGGCCUGCUCCAAAGUUGAAAGAUGCAAAAAUGAAGGAAGCUGACUACAUUGUUGCUUAUGAUGAGGUUAUACAAGCUAUGAAAAUAUUGUUUGACAAGGCUAAUCUGAUUCAUGCAGAUUUAUCGGAGUACAACAUUCUAUGGCACAAUAAAGAGUGUUAUUUCAUUGAUGUUAGCCAGUCUGUGGAACCAAGUCACGAAAAUGCCUUCCAUUUUCUGUACAGGGACUGCAAUAAUAUCAUCAAUUUUUUCAAUAGGAAAGGUGUUCCUGAUAUUUACACACCUGAUGAUUUAUUCAACUAUAUCACUGGCUGUAAUUUCUGCGACAAGGUAGCUCUCUUGAACUUGCAAGAAUCCUUUAAAGUCAAACCACAUUUGUUGGACAAACCUGGUUUAGAAUUGGUUUAUAAUUUUGACAAGGCCUGGGAAAAGACAAAAUCAGGAGAGAUUCCCAUAGAUACAGUUGCAGCAGAAGUUGAUUCAGGUGUGGUUGAACCUAUGAAAGCGUGAUUAGGGUUGAAAUGAAAAUUAAUUGUUAAUAAACCAACAUAGGAGCAGUAAAAUAAAUUAUUGCUAUAUUUUACAUAUGACUGUUUGUUGAAAAGUAUAAGAGGAAAUAGAUUUUUCAAAUAUU